AUGGCGUCCGCACUGGAUGACUAUGACUACCUGUCUUCUGGGUUUGAUCUCAACUCGCUGACCGUGCCGCGCCUUCGAGCAAUCCUCGUCAGCCAUGAUAUUCCCUAUCCCUCCUCGGCCAAGAAGGCCCAGCUCAUCAAAAUACUGGAGGACCAAGUGUUGCCCAGAGCAAGAAAACUGUUGCGCGAAAGAGAGGAUGUGCGUCGGACAAGCGCGGGGAUUACGGAUAUGAGUCAUUGGUCCAACAACGGCGCACUCAACCACGACGACGACGAGGAUGGUCGUAGUUUUGGUGGUAGAGAUUCUAUGCCUCCGCCGCCAGCGACGCCGUCCUCGGUUUCCACGGCCACGGGCACCCGUCGAGGCCGGUCGCGUCAGAGUACCAGGGCGUCAACUGCCGAUACAGAGGAUAGUGCCGUUAUUGCGGCAGCAACACCCAAACGCCGGGUGCGUUCCAGCAAGAGCGCUCGUGCUUCAGAUGCAGAAACCACAGAUGACAAUCACUACACUCCAUCGAUUGCCAGUACAACCCCGCAACGCCGGUCCACGACUGGUCGAAAACCGCGUCAAACUGAAGCAAUCCAAUCCCUGGAGAUAAUCGAGCAGUCCCCGACUAUCAAGACUGAGAGCCGCGCCAGCAGUAUCUUUACCGACGAUAACCCGUUUCAGAGCGCGAGCCCCCCAACUACUGAACAGACACCGAGAGCUCGUACCAUCAGUGGGGAGCGGAAGCGAAAGAGCACGCCCCGUGUCUCUGCUGAAGGGGUUGAGCAACGACGCAGUCGGGUCUCGGGCAUUCCUGUCGAUUUCAAACGCGAAUACGAUACGACACCAAGGAAGUCAACCUUUGAAUUCCCUCUCUCACGUCUUAGGACUCCGACUCCUAAGAUGGAAGAAGAGUCUGAGGAAGAGGAGGACCAAGAAGACGAGGCAGGCGAGGAAUUCACACCAGACGAACAAUUGGCUCUUGAGACUGCUGGGGCUCCACCUGGUCGGGUAUUGACCAGACGCGGUCAAAAGGGUCUUUCAUACAGGUUACCCUCGAUAGUCCUGUUCCUGCUCUUAGCUGGGUUUGGGGCUUGGUGGCGUCAGGAGAAGAUCGAAAUAGGCUUCUGCGGAGUUGGAAAGCCUACAUGGUCUCUUGCCGACACAAAUGUGCCUGCGUGGGCAAAUUUUCUAGAGCCGCAAUGUGAGCCCUGCCCGCCACAUGCCUUUUGCUAUCCGAAUUUCGAGGUGCAGUGCGAGAACGAUUUUAUCCUCAAGCAUCACCCAUUAUCCCUCAAUGGCUAUAUCCCUAUACCACCUACGUGCGAACCUGAUAGCGAGAAGUCCAGUCGGAUCCUUUCCGUUGCCAACAAGGCAGUCGAAGAGCUGCGGCAACGACGAGCCAAAUAUGAAUGCGGAGACGGAGAGGAGACCAGCUCUCCAUCCAUUCCAGAGCCUGAAUUGAAAGAGGCCGUGGCGAACCAGCGCCGUGUUAAAAUGACUGAUGCCGAAUUCGAUGACCUGUGGGCAGCAGCCAUUGGUGAAAUCAUUGCUAGGGAGGAAGUUUCGAUCAACGAAGGACCUUCACACAAUUCUUUCUCGUCCAGCUCACUUGCCCGACUCCCCAUCGGCUGCGCCUUCCGCCGCCACCUCCGACUCUCUCUCGUCGCGUAUAGACUCCCUAUUUCAGCUAUAGUGGUAGUUGUCGCAGGCCUAGCAUACGUUCGAGCCCAGUUCCUCGCUCGCAGGUCGGAUCUCGCUCGUGUCCCUGAACUCGUGGGAACGACCCUUGACCGCCUAUCAACUCAAGCUGCUCUGUACGCCCGUGGCGAAGCCCCCGAGCCGUGGGUUUCCAUCGGCCAGCUGCGAGACGAUGUCCUGCGAUCGGAACUGCGGGGCAGCCGUCGCGAAAGGUUGUGGAAGCGUGUACGUGCAGUAGUCGAGGGUAACGCCAAUGUGCGAGCUGCAGUCCGUGAAGGCCGUGGCGGCGACGUUGCCCGUGUCUGGGAAUGGAUUGGCAGCAUAGGCACUCACCUCGAUGGACCUCGACGAGAGAGUGGACGAGUCCGAUUUUCCUUGUCUCCCGGGAACGAGGUUACACCUGGCGGACCAGAAGACAACGGUGUCCUGCGCAGUCCUCGAGAAUCACGAAAAUGGGAUGAGGGCCGCCCUAUUUACUGA